AUGCAAGCCCUGCUUCCGCAGCCCUUUGUUCAGCUGCGAGCUGCCAGAACCUGGGCCACCAUGGUCAUGCUCGCGUUCGUGGGAGUGGCCUUUCUGGCUCUGGCACAGGGGCUGGCGAACUUUGUCGACUUGCGUCUCAAGGGCUGCACUGUGAUGGCUGCUGAUGAGGGUGAGGGCCUGUCAAGAUCGCCCGUCUACUACGGCGAGGUCAAGGUGGGACCUGCGCGGCAAAGCUUCCAGCUGCUCUUCGAUACUGGCUCCAGCUUCCUGUGGGUGCCUUCCUCCACGUGCAGCUCAGCGGCCUGCCUGCUGCACAAAAAAUACCACAGGCUGCAGAGUGAUGAUGCUGAAGUCCAUGAGGGCGUUGCUGUGAGCUUUUCAACCGGCGAGCUGGUGGGACUCCCUGCUCGAGACCAGUUCUGUCUAGGAGGUUCGCAUGCCAACACGGACAACCCAUCCGAGCUCUGUGCGGAGCUGGAUCUUCAUGCUGCCGAGCAGGAGUCUGACUUCCCGUUCAUCGACAUGCCCUUCGAUGGCAUCCUUGGCCUGAAUCUUGGCUGCGGAGUGCUUGAACAGGCCUGGAGAGAUGUCUGA